AUGUCUGCCCAUGGCAGCGCGGACUCGCAUGACCCCGAGGCAGCCUUGCAUUCGCCGGUCAACGGCGACACCAAAAAUGGCCUCCCCGCGGCAUCCUCUCGCUCUCCCGACCUGAAAUCCCCCGGCACCGAUCACAGCAUGAAGGAAGAACAGGAGACCGUCGGCGGUGACAUCGUUGUCAAGCAGGAGCCUGGGCAGCCGCCCAAGCUCUCGCGCACCUCCUCCCAGAAAGUCGUGUCUCGACCGCCGCAGCUCUGGUCUCACCUGCCAGACAGCACCGCCGACGCGUUGGCCUCCUUUGAACAGAUCGAGGCCUGUUGGUACGCCAACAAGUACAUGGGCUACACCGAGCAUGCCAUGGAGUGUGACUGCGCUGAAGAGUGGGAACCCGAAAUUAAGCAGAAUCUGGCAUGUGGUGAAGACUCCGAUUGUAUCAAUCGAGCGACCAAGAUCGAGUGCGUGGGCGACUGCGGCUGCGGCGCGGACUGCCGGAAUCAGCGGUUCCAGAAGAAACAAUAUGCGGAUGUAUCGGUCAUCAAAACGGAUAAGAAAGGAUACGGUCUACGGGCGGAAACGAAUCUUGACCCGCACCAGUUGAUCUUCGAGUAUGUUGGGGAGGUGGUGGGAGAGGCUCAGUUCCGGCGUCGGAUGAGACAGUACGACGAAGAGGGCAUCAAACACUUUUACUUCAUGUCUCUGAACAAAGGCGAGUUCGUGGAUGCGACGAAGCGAGGGAAUCUAGGUCGAUUCUGCAAUCAUUCGUGCAACCCCAAUUGUUAUGUCGACAAGUGGGUGGUGGGUGAGAAGCUGCGCAUGGGUAUCUUCGCCGAGCGUGCGGUCCAGGCGGGCGAGGAACUGGUGUUCAACUACAACGUGGAUCGAUAUGGUGCGGACCCCCAACCCUGCUACUGUGGGGAGCCCAACUGCACCGGAUUCAUCGGUGGGCGCACCCAGACCGAGCGUGCCACCAAGCUCUCGAACGCGACGAUCGAGGCUCUCGGUAUUGAUGACUCCGAAGGCUGGGAUACUGUCGUGGCGCGCCGUCCCAAGAAGAAGAAGACCGAGGAGGACGACGAGGAGUAUGUGGACAGUGUGCAGCCCAAGUCCCUGGAUGAGGAUGGCGUGACCAAGGUCAUGGCAGCUCUCAUGCAGUGCCAGGAGAAGUGGAUCGCCGUCAAGCUUCUGGGACGUAUCCAGCGCUGCGAGGACGAAAGAGUGCGGAACCGCGUCGUGAAGAUGCACGGUUAUCAAAUCCUCAACUCGCAACUGGCGAUGUGGAAGGAAGAUCAGAACGUGGUGCUGCAGAUCUUGGACAUCCUGGAUAAGUUCCCGCGGCUCACGCGGAAUAAGAUCAACGACUCCAAGAUCGAGUCGAAGAUCCAGCCUUUGACUACCAGCGAGGACGAGCGCGUGGCAAAGAAGGCCGUCGCUCUGCUGGAGAGCUGGGCCAACUUGGAGCUGGGAUAUCGGAUUCCUCGCAUGAAGCCUGGCGACCAGCCCAAGCAACACAAUCCCUUCGAGCGUCGCGAUCCUGGACGCGAACAUCAACGCUCUGUCGUACGUUCUCCCUCGCCUACAUACGAACCUCCACGUGGUCCACCGCAGCAGCGGUCUCGCAACCGCCAACAACAGCACCCUCGGGACCGACAAUCGAACCGCCGCGGUCGCCAACAGCCUUUGUCGCAACAGCCUUUGCCGGAGGGAUGGUUCUUGGCAGAGGCCAAUGGUAAAACCUACUACUACACGGCCAAGGGCGACACCACAUGGGAUAGACCGACUGCCCCUGCAACACCCGCUGAGCCUCAGGUCACCAAGAAGAGCAAAGGGUUACAAGAUAUCAUCGACAAUAUCAUCAAUGCGAGUGCACAAGAAAAGACCCCCUCUGAGCAAAAGACCGAAACACCCGACACACCACAACCGUCCGAGCAACCGGAGAAGAAGAAAAAGGAGCAUGACUGGUGGAAGAAGCUGUCCCUGGAGAAGCAGAUGAAGGUCUAUGAGAAUACAUUACACCCUCACAUCAAGUCUGUCGUCGACCAAUACAAACACAAAAUCCCCAAAGACCAUCUGAAACGGUUUGCCAAAGACACAGCCAAGAAGCUCGUUGACGGCGACUACAAAAAGAACCGCGUAACCGAUCCCACCCAGAUCAGCGAGAAACACCAACAAACAGUCAAAAGCUACUGCAAAUCCUUCUUCGACAAAGCUGCAGCCAAGCAAAAAGAACGCGAGAAGCGCAAGGCCGCGAAGCAGGAUGGCGCGACCAACGGGCCCGACCAAGAGGUCAAAAUGUCCGACGACGAGGCCGAGCCAGGCUCCACCGAACCUACCUCCACCUCACCCUUGGACGAGGACGUAACGCUCAAACGAAAGCGCGAAGAAGAGCAGCUCCAACCCAACGGCGACGGAGGUAGCUCUCCUUCCAAACGACAAAAGUCCACCCCUCCUCCACCUCCACCUCCACCCUCGGACUCGGGCCCGGAGUCUGAGUCCAGAGAUCAAGAAGCAGAUGAUCCCUCACCUCCACCCGCACCACCUCCCCCUCAGGAGUCACCCGGCUACGACGUGGAGAUGGAUAUGAAACCAUCGCAAUCGCAGAUGGGGAUCGAGGGGAAAGUAUAG